CGGCGGCGGCUCCACAACGCGCUCCAGGAGCUCCGGGGCAGCGUGCGCGUCGUCGCGCGGCUCCGCCCACCGUCGAGCCUGCUCCGCGACGACGCGCCGGCGCCCGCGGUCCGCGCGGGCGGCGCGGACGGCCGGACCGUCGUCCUCGCGGCGCCACCGCGCGACGGCGUCGACGGCGGCGCCAAGCCGCGAAAACUGGAGACGCUGCGCUUCGACCGCGUCUUCGACGGCGACGCGACGCAGGCCGACGUCUACGGCGAGAUCGACGACCUCGUCGCGUCCGCGGCCGACGGCUUCGACGUCUGCGUCCUGGCCUACGGCGCGACGGGCUCCGGCAAGACGCACACGAUGCACGGGCCCGCGUCCGGCGGCGACGAGGCCGGCGUCGUGCCCCGCGCGACGCGGGCCCUCGCGGAGGCCGCGCGGCGGCGCGGCGACGGCGGCUGGUCCUUCGCGUGCGAGGCGUCGUCCGUCGAGAUCUACGACGAGAAGGUCUACGACCUGCUCGCGCCCGGCGGCGCGGCGCUCGAGGUCAAGGACGACGCCGACGACCCCGUGCCCGGCGCCGCGGCGCUGCCCCUGGAUUUCGGCGACGACGGCAGGGGCGCCGCGCAACUCGCGAAGCGCGCCGCGCGGAGCCGGCGCACGGCCGCGACGCUCCUCAACGACCGGUCGUCGCGGUCCCACGCCCUCUUCACGCUGCGCAUCGUCGGCCACCACGAGGCCAAGAACCUGAAGACGCGCGGGUCCCUCGUGCUCGUGGACCUCGCGGGCUCCGAGCGGCUCAAGCGGAGCGGCGCCGCGGACCCGGGCGCGGACCCGGGCCGCCUCCGCGAGGCCUGCGCCAUCAACCGGUCCCUGUCGUGCCUCGUCGACGUCUUCGCCGCGUUGGGCCGCCGCGGCGACGGCCGGGGCAGGGGCGUCCACGUGCCCUACCGCAACUCCGCGCUCACGCGGAUCCUCCAGCGGCCCCUCAGCGGCGACGGCAAGGCGCUCCUCCUCGCGACCUGCAACCCCCACGAGGCCGAGUCCCUCGGCACGCUCAAGUUCGCCCACCAGGUCGCGGCCAUCGAGACGGGGCGCAUCGCGCGCCGCGUGUCGUCCGCGGCGAAGCGCGCGCCGCUCGGCGCGCAGAAUAAGCGGCGCUAG